CAACAAUCUGUUAAUAUUGAAAUAUACUGUAAUCAUUCAUCCCGAUAUUUAACCUCUAGGGCUGUUUCGUUUGUGCCGCCUCAACGGCCGAAAGCAUGUUCCGAAUUGGCAUUAAAUUUUCGUCAAACCCACACAAUCGGAUAAUUAAAAUUAAUAAAUAUGGUUACUCGAGAUUUUAUGCAGCCACCAGGUGCAGGGAUGUUCAGCCGUGGAGGAGGCAAGCAAUAGAGGGACAGAGGGAUGUUAGGGUGAUUGUGGCACAAGCGAGGGCUGGCUACUCGUCAGGGGUACCACCAAGUGGCAAGUCUGGGAGAAAAGGGAUUUUACUUCUGGGCUCGAUAACCCUGGGAACAGUGGGAAUUUUGGCACUAGCGAAAAACAAUUCAGAUAUCAGGUCGCAGCUAGAGGAGUGGAUCCCAGGCACUGAUAAAACCAUCAAGGUCAUUUUUCAGGAGGAGGGAUCGUAUUUCGAUCAAGUGUGUGAAUUUUUCGACAAUUUGAAACAUAGUGUUAUUGGAGGAGUUUUUGGCGAUGGAAAAGCAAAAAUAGAGAAGAGGAAAGAUGAUAAUAAAGCAGCUCCGAAGCCAUCAUUCGAGCCAUUGGUAAUAACAAAAGAGCCACCAGUUAACGAUCCAUACGCUGAAAUCCGCCAGAGUAAGGACAAAGGAGAGAAAAUCCAAGUCGUGGUGGAGAAGCCCUCUCCCCCCAAGAAACAAGUUCCCGAGGAGUUGAAGCCAAACAAUCUCGUGGAACUCGAGGCUUUUUGUGGAGAGGCAGCCACCAAAGCCAUUACUGCCUAUCAGGAGGCUACUAAUGCCAUUCAUCAAUAUAAUCAGGAUGUUGUCAAAGUUGUGGAGGGUGGCAGCGGUGCCCCUGCUAAUAUUGGAGCUCCUAUUUGGCAAAGAUUGAAAGAAGCAACGGAAAAAAGAAAAAGUGCAACCCAAGAGGCGGAAAGAAGCGCCACCGAAGCCAUCCAAAACCUUAAGCGUCUCGCUACCAUAGUUGACGAUCCCCAAUUCGAUGCCCCAUCCGUUGUGAAAGCCGCUGCCCGUCGAAACGUCAAAAAAAUAAUCGACGAUGUCGACGCCGCCAAAAACAAGUACGACGCCGAAGAGCGCUCUGCCAACAUUACCGAGAGAUACUGGAAUAAAGUGAAAACAGCUAGAGAAAAUUUCAACGAGGAGUUGCAAAUAUUAUUUCCAAACAUCAAUAUUCACGACAAAAAUUUCAGCGUUAAUGAGGAGGCGUUUGAUAUCUUUGUCCUUCACAUGUAUAAUAGGGUGAAUUAUUUGCAGAAGGAGUUGGACAAGUUGGAGAGCGUUGAUAGUGCGAGAUUAAAAGCUGCUUUGAAAUCCAGUGGAGAUUUAGCUUCAGAGGAGAAAUUGAAUGAACUCGUCUGUCGUGAGGUCAAUAAGGAGAAGAGAAUCCUUACUCAAGAGUUUGAGAAAAAGUUGUUGGCUGAACGCAAAUCAUUUGAAGAAGAAAUCCGUCGGCAACUGAAGCUCCAAGCGCAGGUGAAUGCCGACCACCUGAAGGAGGUCCUCGAGAUUAAGGAAAAGGAGACACAGAGGCUGAUAAAUCGUGCCGCGAGUGAGCAGGCUGAAGAAACGUCCAUCAAGUAUAAAAGCCAGCUGGCAGUGAUUGUUGGCAGAUUGCGAGGACUGGAUGAGGCACUCAAACUUCGUCUGAGUGAGGAAAAAGGAGCCUGCGACGCCCAAAUGCUAUGGGCCGCAUGUCAAGCCCUGGGUAGAGCCAUAAAAGUUGCACCUCCAGGAGCCCCAAGUGACAAACCAGUGAGACCGCUUGAGGCUGAAAUAAAUGCAGUUUCCAAAGUUGCACCCAAGGACGAUGCACUGGUUAAGGCGACACUUGAGGGAAUACCUGAGGAGGCUGUUAAGCGGGGAGUUUUCCCUGAGGAUGCACUCAGAGAGCGUUUUUUAAAGGUGGAACACAUGGCAAGACGUCUUGCCCUAGUACCUGCGGAAGGCGCCUCCCUCCCGAUAUAUUUGCUCAGCUACCUCCAGAGUUUCCUUUUAGUUAAAGCGAUAAGUCCGAUAUCGAAGAGUGAACUAUCGGACGAGCCCAUUGACGUCAGUAAGCUGGAUACAUACGAUGUAUUAGAUCGUGCUAGGUAUUGGCUGGAUCGUGGAGACUUCAAGAUGACUCUCAAGUACAUGAAUCUGUUGAAGGGUGCAUCGAGGUCUAUUGCUAGAGAUUGGAUGAAUGAGACUAGAAUACUAUUGGAAACACAGCAGGCAGCUGAUACACUCAUGGCGUAUGCCGGUGCAAUAGGACUCGUGUUUCUCGGCAGUGGGGAUUCUAAGAACCAGAAUUGACAAGAGGAAUUACUCUCCAGCCCCCUCUAAAGUAUCAAUUAAUUGACGCCCCCCAAUGCUGCCCUCCUCGAUUUAUCCGUGUAUGCACUCCCAAUGCAUCGACAUCUUUUUUUUAGUCAUGACAUUCGUCUAGGUACUGGAAUAAUUGGGACAACAGUAAUUGAUUUUUUUUCUUCAUUGUAAAAAUUGAUUUAUAAAUAAAUGAACUCUUCGGAAGAUUACAUGUUUUGCCAUGAAUAAUGGAAUAUGUAUAAAUAAUAAAAUGAAUGAAUAGAAUGUUGAGGA